CACACACACACACACACACACACACACACACACACACACACACACAGGACUUUCUCUCUCCACAGCUUGGAGACCUGUCGUGCUCGCAACCCUUAUCCUUAAAUUACGGAGCUCCCAGUUUCCAAAAUCCCACAUUUUUCUCUUUCCACCCUUUUUUCCCAAUGGCCUUGUUUUGGAGUGAUUUGCGCACAGCAGCGCAAUAGUUAACGAGUGCCGGAUGCGCCCUCGCUCCAGCAGACCGCUACAGUACGAAGAUGGCGUCGGAGGGAGCCAGUGGAGAGCAGCCUCCUCCGGUACAAACCCUGGCCACCGCCGUGCUGGGGAGUGUGGACACGAAAUGUGAGUUCAACAUGGAUAACCUGAGCAAGCCCGAGCUGCUCACCCUGCUGAGCAUCAUGGAGGGAGAGCUGGAGGCCCGCGACCUGGUCAUCGAGGCCCUGAGGGCCCAGAGGAAGGAGGUGUUCCUGCAGGAGCGAUACGGUCACUACAGCCUGACGGACCCCUUCCUGGCUCUGCAGAGGGACUUUGAGUCAGGGGUCCCUGGAGGAGACGCUGAGCGGCGGCCCCUGGGCUCCAGCCCCAUCUCCGUGCUGGAGGCCGUCAUGGCGCACUGCAGGAAGAUGCAGGAGCGCAUGUCGGCUCAGCUGGCCGCCGCCGAGAGCCGCCAGAAGAGGCUGGAGAUGGAGAAGCUGCAGCUGCAGAGUUUAGAGCAGGAUCACCGUAAGCUGACGGCGCAGCUGAAGGACGAGCGUGAGAAGAACAAGCACAUCGUCAUGAUGCUGGUGCGCGAGUGCAAGCAGCUGGCCACGCGGGUGGUGGAGGAGUCGCAGCGCUUCGACGAGCUUCAGGCCCGUCUGGACGAGGAGAGCCGAGCCUCGGGCCGGCUGCAGGAAGAACUCUCCACCGAGCGGCAGCGCAGCCAACAGAUGGAGGCCAAGAUGGAGAAGCAGCUGUCGGAGUUUGACACGGAACGAGAACAGCUGAGAGCGAGGCUGGGCCGCGAGGAGACGGAGAGCCAGAGUCUACGGCAGCAGGUGGAGCAGCUUAGGACUGAACCGGGCAACGGGAAGGACGCUGAAGUCGCCGUAGAACCUGCUGCAGAACCUGCCGUAGAACCUGCCGUAGAACCUAAAGCUGCUGCAGAACCCACACCACCAACACCUAAAGCUGUGACGUCUGUGUCCGUAGCCACAGAGCCCAUCAGCUCCCGAACAGCGUCUUCUCAAACGGACAACCUGCCCCCGACUGAGAUGGACGGUCCUAUCUCAAAGAAGAGCCCCCUCACUGUCCCCGUCAAACCGACCCCCGCCAACUACGUGGGGCUGAGUCUGCCGAAGACGAGCGGGCGGGGGCUCGUCCACAGCAGCUCGGGGGGUCUCGUCCAGACGGAGAACGGCUCCGAGGGCCAACCCGCCCACGGCCUCCCCACCGGAGUGAGCCCUCGCGUCCAGGCCGCCCGCUACAAGUUCCAGGAACAGGACCAAAACGGCACGUCGUCCCAGAGUCCUCCGGCCCGGGACCUGUCGCCCACCAACCGGGACAACUUUGCCGCCAAACAGCAAGCCCGGCACACCGUCACCCAGGUGUUGUCGCGCUUCACCAGCCCCCCCGCGGGAGGACCCAUGCGUCCGGGUCUCCCUCACUCCGCCUCAGAAGGAGGACCUUUCCCCGGACGCCUGAGCCACCCAAUCGGCCUCAAGUCGCCCACGGUGGCCAGGAUCGACCGGGGAAACCCUCCUCCCAUACCUCCCAAAAAACCAGGGCUUUCCCAGACCCCCUCUCCCCCUCACCCCUCCAUGAAGGGGGGGGUGGGGGACCGUUCCUCUGGGGGAAAACCGGCCACUCCCCAGCUGCCGCCAAAACCCGCCCUGGACCUGGUCCCAGCCCUGAUGGCCUCUCAGGUGGGUGCCUGCUUCUCCCCGGGGGGCGUCCGGACCCCUGCAUGUGCAGAGUGCCCCCCCAUCAUCAGCCCCGCCUCCACUGUCAGUAGCCCCUCCUCCAUAAACCCCCCCUUCUCCUCCACCUCCUCCUCCAUUAGUGCCUCAUCCUCCCGUAGCCCCCGAGCCUCAGCAGGCAGCCCCCUGGCAACAGCAUCAGGCUGGUGUCCCUCCGUAGUCCCCCCCCUCGGCGGCGGAGGCCCUGCUGCCCUGGACGGCGGGCGCCCCCUCCUCCCCCAAGCUGCUUCCCAGGGAAAUGUCACUUUAUUGUCAAUGCUGCUUAACCAACCAGACCCGACCACCAUCACCACCAACACCACUACCAACACCACCACUACUACUACUACCAACAACACCACCACAGAGAACAACAAUCAUCCAGACCAAGACCUCCACCACAACCACUACCAAACCGCUGCCUUGUUUGCUGCUGCUCAGAAUGGACACACACAGUGUGUGGAGCUGCUGCUUUCUGCUGGAUCGCCUGCUGACGUCUCGGAUGAAAAUGGAUUCACACCUUUACACUUUGCCGCCGCCCACGGACACAGCAGCUGUGUGGAGGCGCUGCUGUCUGCAGGAGCUGCUGUGGAUGUGUCGGCGUCGGGGGGGCAGACCUCUCUCUUCCUGGCGUGUGAAACAGGAAGUCUGGAGAGUGUCCGCGUCCUGCUGAGCGCCGGGGCCGAGCGCUCGCUCUGCACCGCCGACGGCUGCUCGUCUCUCCACGCCGCCGUGCGCUCCGGACACGUGGACACUCUGCGCCUCCUGCUGUGCUACCGGACGCAGGGUGACCCCCCCUCUGUGACUUCCGACCCCCCCGCUGUGACCUCUGACCCCCCCCUCGCUCUACCUGAAGCCCUGCUGAACCGGGACAACAGCGACGGAUGGACGGCCGCUCACAUGGCUGCUGCCCUCGGCCUCAAGGAGUGUCUGGAGGUGCUGUGCAGCCACAGUGAGCAGGACAUCGAGAGGAGGGAUAAAUGCAAUCGCACUAUUCACGACGUGGCUACUGAUGAUUGCAAAGACCUACUGGAAAACCUCCACUCGUACCGGGUGCUGGUGCUCCUCCAGUGUUCAGGUGGAGGAGGUCUGGGCUCCAUGUGUCCGGUGGAGGCUCUGGAGGAGGAGGCUCAGCAGGGGGUCCACCCUCUGGUUCUGGGCCGGGUGACGGUGCACCGGGACACGCCCUGGAGCCAGCUGAGAUCCAGCCUCAGCUCCUCCUUCACCUCCUUCCUCUCCUCUGUCUGCGGGGAGGAGGAGCAGCGCCCUCCGCUGGGCCUCAGCUCCAGCAGCAUCGCCUCCUUCAUCAUAGAUUGACAGGUACCUGCUGGAGUUUAGGGGCGGGACCUUCCCUCUGUCGGCCAUCAGCUCCUAUAAAGGAGAAGGAGAAGGAAGAGGAGGAGGAGGUGGAGGAGGGAGGAAGGGGCGGGACAGUGGGAAGCUGAGGCGCUCCAACACCAGCCCCCGGAAGAAGGGAGGGACCCCAAACUGGAGCUCCGGAGGCUCCUUCAGAGAGGGUUCGCUCUCCAGCACUGAUGUCAGCUUCAUCCCCAACGGCAAAGUCCAGAGGGAGCCCACAGGUCUGUCUGUGUUCUCUGACGACGAGACAGAUUUAAUCCGAGAGCUGCAGACCAUGUGCUCCAGCAAGUCAGAGCCAGACAUCAGCAAGAUCUCUGAGACCAAAGACGACCUGAUCCUGUUCUCCAGCUCCUCCCAGAAGGCCGAGCGGGAAACGCCCGUCCAGACGACCGCCCCGUCCCCCUGCAGCCCGGUUGCCGUGCAGAGCAGCGAGCGACGAUCAGGCCCCGCCCCCCGCUCCAAAUCCCAGCUCCCGGUCCCCAGCAGCAGCAGGGGGGGGGCGGGGCUUCAGAUCCGAACCCCCCCGAUCCGCAGCAGGACAAAACAGGCGCCCCCCACCCCAAACAGCAGCAGCAGCAACAACAACUACUACCGCAACAACAACAUGAACGAAAACAGCCAAUCACAAGAGGACAUUUGGAUCCUGCAUGAAAACAACAACAACAAGUGAACAGCUCCCAUCCUCUAACCCCCCAGCUGUGAAACCCCUCCCUCGAUGAUGUAAGACUACGACGACUCUUAGUAUUUGUACUUGUUAUCCGUACUUGUUACACUGUACUGCAGUUGUGUACUUGGGGACCACAGUUUUAUUCUAUCACAGUAUUUGAAGUAUUUGUUUUGGUCUGGUAAAGGAAUAAAAAAAUAAAGGUUACUUUUACUGUUACCUCAUUCCAGUGUCUAAACAACCUGCUAAUGAUGGGACAGUAGAAUAAGUUGUAAAGUAUUUAACUGGUGGAAACUGCAGUAUUUCUGUGUACUUAAAAGAGAAAUACUGCAUCGAGGAGUAACUGAACAUGUUUUUGGAUCAAAGAAAGCAGGUUUUACGUUUCUUUUUAUGGCUAUUAAGUAUUUUGAGAAGUGUUUUAUCUUUAAAUAGGUUGGUUUAAAUACUGUUGAGAUUAAUCAGGGUUUUACCAAAUAUAUUUGUACAUAAGAAUUAGUAAAUGCUCUAUAGAUUGGUGUACGUGGUAUGACGCUUGUACAGUGACGAUUAAAAACCUUAAAGCUGAAAAAAAGUGAGAAGUUGUACAUAGUGUUUGUAAAACCAGUUUCUGAACCCUUCACUUGUUUCAGAGUGGAGCGGCCGUGGCAAUAAGUAAUAGAUCUGUAAAAAACACAGGAUGUCCUUUCAACUGUAAGCCAUAAUAAAUAUUUUAAAUGCCCGUCAUUUCCCCGA